UCAGCUCACCUGGCGAGCCUGCCUAGUAACGAGCCUGUUCCCCUGCAGGUUAGCAAUCCGAAGCGAUGGGCGACUGGAGCUUCCUGGGGAGACUCCUAGAGAACGCCCAGGAGCACUCCACCGUCAUCGGCAAGGUCUGGCUCACGGUGCUGUUCAUCUUCAGGAUCCUGGUGCUGGGGGCCGCGGCCGAGGAGGUCUGGGGCGACGAGCAGUCGGACUUCACGUGCAACACGCAGCAGCCGGGCUGCGAGAACGUGUGCUACGACCGCGCCUUCCCCAUCUCGCACGUGCGCUUCUGGGUGCUGCAGAUCAUCUUCGUGUCCACGCCCACCCUCGUCUACCUGGGCCACGUGCUGCACCUGGUGCGCAUGGAGGAGAAGAGGAGGGAACGGGAGGAGGAGCGGCUGAAGGCCGACGGCCCGCCGCUCGGGCCGGACAGGCCCCCGGUGCGCGACGACCGGGGCAAGGUCCGCCUGGCCGGCGCCCUGCUCCGCACCUACGUCUUCAACAUCAUCUUCAAGACGCUGUUCGAGGUGGGCUUCAUCGCCGGGCAGUACUUCCUGUACGGCUUCCAGCUGAAGCCGCUGUACCGCUGUGACCGGUGGCCCUGCCCCAACACGGUGGACUGCUUCAUCUCGCGGCCCACGGAGAAGACCAUCUUCAUCCUCUUCAUGCUGGCCGUGGCCUGCGUGUCCCUCUUGCUCAACAUGCUGGAGAUCUACCACCUGGGCUGGAAGAAGCUGAAACAGGGCAUGACCGACCCUUACCGCCCGGACACUCCCGGCUCCAGCGGGAGGGCCGCAAAGCCUGGCUGCGGGGGCCCCCUCCUGCUGCCCUCCCGCUCCAGCGCCCCCGCCCUCACCGGCGGGUUCCCGCCCUACUACGCGCCCUCGGCCUCUUCCCUGGGCCAGGCGUCGGCCCCAGGCUACCCCGAGCCCCCUCCGCCCGCGGCCCUGCCCGGGACCCCCGGCGAGGGCCCCCCGGCCGGCUCCCCCGGCGGCCACCAGCACCCGCCCGCGACGGCGCCGAGCUGGGCCGACCGGGAGGCCGAGCUGCAGACUUCGGCCGGGAAGGCCUCGCCGCCGUGGUCCGCGCCCGCAGCCCCGCAGCCCCCUCCGGAGGGCGGGGCGGGGAGCUCGGGCGACAGCGACGGGGAGGGGGCGGUGACUGCCGCGGAGCUGCACGCGCCCCGCGAGCUCCCCGCAGACCCCGGCCGGUCCAGCAAGGCCAGUAGGUCCAGCGGCGGCCGGGCCAGGGCCGGUGACUUGGCCAUCUAG